AUGGAUUCAGCUUACUACGAAAGACUACUGAAGAGUCUACAAGGGCUUCCUUGCGAGUUUUGUGGGGAGAAUGCGACCCUCAAAUGUUCUGCGUGCAAACAUACGCGGUACUGUUCCGAGGAAUGCCAGAAGCUGGAUUGGAAGCAGCACAAGAAGGGCUGCAAGAUGCAACAGAUCCUCAACAAGGCGGAGGAAGAGAUGAAGUCCCGCCCUCGCCCUCGUCCCAAUCCGAAUAUAUGCACGGGCUGCGGUGUCGAAUUCGACGAAGACUACGGGUGUGACGACUUGUGUCCUACUUGUGGCUACGCAGCAUGCGAGUCGUGCGUUUGCCAUCACUCGAAUGGAACAUGCUACUGUGCAGAGUCGAACUUUGGCAGGAACUACUGUCGGAUGGAGCCCCGUUGGUACCACACUGAUGGGAAUGGAAGACCGUACGAGGGUGACCGCCAUCCGGAAAAUUAUGACGACUGCUAUACGGAAGACAUGUUCGAGCCCGAACCUCGAGCGUGUCACAACUGCGGAGAGGUGAAGAAGGUGUUUAAAGAGGAAUGGCGGUCGUUUGCUCGAUUCCAGUGA